UUCAUUGGUAUUACACACACAUCUCUCAGAUUAGAUAACGCCAACUUGUGCAAAAACUGUCUUUUACUCACAUCUUUCCAACUCGGCCGCACAGAGAUGACGUUUUACGUUAGAGCGAUGUAAAAAGCGCCUGUGUGCUGAGACUUCUUUUCCCUCAAUAUGGGCUGCCAGGGUGAUUCUUCCAAUUAUAGCUAACUAUGUAUGCCUUAUUACCCUAGCUCAGGCGCUUUAAAAUAUAUGGUUAACUAAGAAAUACAUUUUCUAACGACGUCAACGCCAUGCAGGUUACUUAGUUGUUUUAUUUGGUUUAUGCAGCAAAACAAAAAUAAGCUGACGUGCGAGGAAGACGCCUCCCAGUCUCUAUGAGGGAGCACAAAAACCUUUGAAAUGUUGAUACCGGCUAAAACGGGGAAAUGAGUUAUCUGUCUUUCUAAAUACUCAGUAGGAGCACGUUGGCGUUAGCCCGAUUAAUGAAUGAUUGAUAUUUACCGUGGGCCGUGCUGUAAACAGAGAGAGUUGUAGAUUAAGCUUUACCUAUAAAUACUAAACUGUACUCCUUUGAGGAAUCUAUUUACACUGUGGGGACACAGAAGGACAGAAGGACACUCCAAGGCUCCAGAUGUCUUCCACAGGCGACAAUGAGCAAGAUGACUCAAGCAGACACUCAGGAGGUGCCAGGACCCUUGCUCUUACUGUAUGCUCUGCUGCCAUUGGAGGCACCUUCCAAUAUGGGUACAACAUCUCAAUCAUCAAUGCUCCUACCAGUUACAUCCAGGUGUUCAUCAAUGACACAUACAUGAAGCGCUGGGGCACUGGCUUGGAAACCCCUCAGGUGACACUAGUGUGGACUCUGAUUGUGUCAGCCUUCUCCCUUGGGGGUUUGCUCGGUGCCCUGUUGGCAGGACCUCUGUCUGUCCACUGUGGGAGGAAGAACUCACUGCUUCUGAACAACUGCUUCUUGUUUGCUGGUGCUGUCUUUGUGUUAAUCUGCAGGACGGCUGAAUCAUUUGAGAUGCUGGUCUGCGCUCGUUUCCUAGUGGGGAUAAACUCAGGAGUCAGUAUGAAUGUCCAACCCAUGUAUUUUGGGGAAAGUGCCCCCAAACACCUGAGAGGAGCAGUGGCUUUUUCAUCUGCUGUUUUCACUGCAUUUGGGAUCUUCUUAGGUCAGGUUGUGGGACUCACCGGUUUGCUCGGUUCUGAGCCUCUUUGGCCUUACUUGCUGGCGAGUAACGCUUUGCCCGGGUUGAUCCAGCUCCUUACCUUACCCUGGUUCCCUGAAAGCCCCAGAUACCUUCUCAUUGACCGUGGAGACAAGGAGGCGUGUAUCAAGGCGCUUGAAAGGCUUCGUGGUGGGGAGGUUCCUGUCUUGGAGAUGGAUGAGUUGCUUCAGGAGCAGCAGCAACAAAAAUCUGCUGCCUUGAAUUCUGGAUCUGCAGCUUCCACACAGACGCCCUGGUCUCUGUUUAAGAGUCCAGACCUGCGAUGCCAGCUCAAAACAGUCAUGGCUGCCAGUAGUGCUAUGAUGCUCUGUGGCAAUGACUCCAUCUAUUUCUAUGCCUCGUAUAUUUUCCUCGCAGCAGGGAUCCCUCAAGAGAAAGUCCAGUAUGUGACCAUCGGAACAGGAGCAUCUGAGUUUACUGCCUCCAUACUCAGCAACCUGCUGAUUGAACGAGUCGGCCGCAGAUACCUUCUCAUUGGUGGGUACUGUCUGAUGUCUUGCUGGUCUGUAGUCUUCACUAUAGCUCUAAUCCUGCAGAGCAAUGGAGUGGCCGGGAUGGCCUACCUCAGCAUGGCGUGUGUGUUUGCCUACAUCCUCAGCUUCGGCUUGGGCCCUGCAGGAGUGACGGGGAUCUUACCUGCUGAAAUCUUCGACCAGGCAGCUCGACCGGCAGCGUACAUGGUUGCUGGCUCCUUCAUGUGGAUCAGCCUGUUCUUGGUAGGGAUGCUGUUUCCCUUCAUUGUCAACAGCCUGGGAAACUACUGCUUUCUCCCGUUCUUGGUGGUGUGUUUGGUGUCUGCAGGAUUUUUAGGAUUCACCCUACCUGAGACUAAAGGGAAGACACUGGCUGAGAUUACUGCAGAGUUUGAUAGAAAGAAUGGAGUGAAGAGGGAAAGGCAAGACGAGCAGGUAGAUGAGCCCAUGAGGGACCACUAUGAGCUGGGCAAAGCAAGCUCUGUCACGUCUCUCACAAAAGAUCCUGACCAAGACCCAGACCAGAAGAAUGCGGACUGAAUGUUGACGUCAACUACUAUGAUUGGUCGUGUAACAGGUUGCUCAUUUGUGACCUCUUUAUCCGCUCUGUUUGUCAGAUUGACUACUUUGCAUAUAUUCAGUAAUCUAUCCAGCUGUCCUAUUUAUGAGAGACGAUCCAUCUUUCAAUAACUGGUUCUAUUUAAGGAAAUGUUUAACGUUAAAGAUUAUAAAGUCUCUUGAUCUCAGAUUUUUAUUUUAUUACAGAUUUAAGAUUCUGAUGAACACUGCAGCUACUGUACAGUCUACCAAAAUUCAACGUGUCUUCAGUUGUAGUUGACAAUGUAGUCUAAAACAGGUACCCUGGGUUAUCAUCUGUUUGGAGAUUAAAGAUACUCUUGACUUGUAUCUUAAUGAAGUAGUGUGGUCAACACAAAGGCAGUUAAUAAGUGGUCUGUAAUGAAGUGAAAUUAGGGAUGUAAAAUUGCCAUUCCCAAAGAUCCAUACCAAUGUUUACUAUCCCAACUCAAUAUUUGAUAGACAUUAGUAAAUCAGUUUUAAUUUGUGACCUCCCUUUCAUUCAGGACAUUCUGCUUAAUCAGUAACACAGGUAUGUGAUUAGUUUGACUCUUAUCAGUUAAAGAUAAACUGCCCUUGAUCAUAACCCUUCACCUCACAUCACACCAGUCAGCUCAUUUGCUUAAAGUUGAUCUUUUCCCAAAAUUGUGAUGCCAAAGUUUUCUUGAAGAUUUUAAAUUAUUGCACUUAUGUGAGUUUGAAGAAAUAUUUUAAUGUGCCAAGAAGGGAUUAAUAAAAAAUGUGCAAUAGUCUGAAGAAGCAGCUAAAUGAAGAAGGUUUUGAAGCUUAUUCUAUGAUUUACUUAUCUAAGCCUGUAUCAAACCUGAUGUGAUAUGACCUGAUGAUGAUACUUGUGUGUUGAAUUACUGCAGAGCAUACACCUUAGCCUGUGUAAGUGGUCCAUGCCAUUCUGAGUCUAUAUAUUUGAGUUUUUAUUUAUGUGUCUGUGUCCUCUGGCAGAUCUCCCUCUGUACUUAAAACAAGGGCAGCUGAAAUUGGUUGGCUUGAAACCAAAUGAAAACCAUAUAAGCCUUACAGUAAUUACCAAAUGACAGAAUACUGCCACAUGCAUUAAGCCUGGCAAUCAUGACUGAAGUUUAAAUGUCGUGUUGACUUCAUCGAGCUGUAGCGGUUAGAUACAAACUUGUAUUCAAGCUCAGUGUUCUCAGUUUGGAUGCUACCAAUUGGAACAGUAACACUUGUGGCAGCUCCAAUUCAGGGAAGGUGCAUCCUCCUAAGGCUAAGGUGUAGAGUCUGCAUCUUUGUGGUACCAUGUCAAAGAUUCACUGCAGAAGAAUACACCAGGCUUUAUUUAUGUAUGUGUUUAUUUAUAUAAUGGGACACCUGCAGUUGAGUGAACUUUUUGAACUGUAAUCUGGUCCAGAGGGAGACCGGUUAAUCAAGUCAGGCUGAUUAAUCUAACCAUUUUAUGACAUUUUGAAAUAAUAAUCAAUACCUGUCCUCACAAGGGCGAUAAAAAAUAGUACUCAAAUAAUGUCUGCAAACUGUGCAAGCAGCCUUAUCAGCCUCUUAAUGAGAACAUGUUUACCCAUCCUAAAUGACAUCAUCAAUCUUCAAUUAUUCUGUUAUGAUAUACAGAUCGAUGCAGUUUAGUCAUGGGUUGGUCAUGUUUUUAAAUCUAUACAAUGAACAUUUCUGCAUCAUCAAUUCAUUACAAAUAUAAUCUAAAGCAUGUUACUGGCUAAAAUAGACAUGUUUAUUAGAUUGUAAUGUGCAUGGAAUUAAUGGAGGUUAUUAUUAUGAAAUUAUUGUAUUUUAUUAAAUGCAAGAAAACAACAAAAUCAUCAUAUUGGCAUUACACAUCGGCCAAUUUGCUCUUUAAUUACCAGAAUCGCUGUCGGCCAUUAAAACACCAAUAUUGGUCAACCACUUAUAUGGUGCUCCAAUAUGUAGGGUGUCAUCAGAGAGUAUUUAGAUGCAGAAUUACUCUUCAUACCGGCUGGAACUCUGUGAAGAUUUUGUCAGUACUUAAGUGUUUGCACUAAAGGGGUUAAUAAUUGGAAUUCAUGUAAAAGGAUUACUCGCUCUAAUCCAACUGCAAUUGGUAGAUAACAGGCCACUUUUCUUGUGUAACAUGUAAGCUCAUUAUACUGCUCUUUUGACAUGUCAUGAUUGUGUCCAUCUCCUAUCUGGUGAGCCAAGAGGGAAUGUUCCCUCUCUAAACCCUGCCGAUGUUUUAGUGAUGUCUACUUGAUUUCACAAGAAGCCUGUGUAAUGUAUUUAUUGUUUAUCCUUGCAUCAUUUACGUUUAUUAGAUAGACAGUCACUUCAUGCAUCUGUCUUUCAAGUGAUACCAACAGCAUGAUUCCAUUUGACCACCUUUUGAAAUGUCACUAAUCUUAUGUGCAUGAGAUUGUAAAAAUGUAGCUCUGCAAAGCAGCCACAAGAUGUCAGCACUAUCUCAGGCUCUCUUUUCUGUAUUUAAAUGUAAAGCUGUAUAGAGCUGUCUAUCAGUUCUAAGUAUAAAUUAAUUCAAUUUAAAGUUUAACAUGGAGUGCAUUAUUAUAAAACUAACCUGGAUAUUUGUAGCAGUCCCCCCGACGCGUGAUAGAUCUGGUGCUGCAGAAGGAUCUGGCAUUGUCCAUACUAUGCACAUUCUGGUGUGACAUAUUAUAUUUGUUUUCCAAACAAUGGGAAGUGGACACACUGCCAGACAGUAAUUUGGCAGUAUUUGGCUGCUCUGACAGGCUCUGCAGCUAAAAUAAGAAUAUUCCCAAACUGGAAGUGUCCAGUGUCCUUGUGUUUCAGGAGGUGGCUCAAUAAAAAGCUUGCUGUUGUUGAAAUGUAACGGAUUUACUUUAGCAGAUGUAAUUCACACAAUUACUCUCUUAAAGGUGUGGAAGUCGUUUUUGACAUUGUUUGAGAGGGAAUCAAUGUACAACCUACAAUCUGUGCUGCUAUGGUGAUGUUGACUUGUGAUGCCUCUCCAUUAUUAUUUAUAUUGACUGAUAUUUUGGCUGUUUCUUAGCUGGAUA